AUAUCGUUUGCGCCGACCCGCCGACGGAUGUCUGAAAACUUUCAGACACUUCCCGCCUAAACGACAUACUAAGUUUGAAGUAAAAUAUUAAAUAAUUUGGCUGUGGUAAUAAAUAACACUGUACAUAGUUAAAAUAUCUAUUUAAAAAAAUAGAUGAUAAAGUUUUACUCGACUUUGCUUAUAUGUCAUAUCAUAUAGGUGUCUGAAACAUAAGUAGAUUAAUUAAUUAUGUUAGAUUUUAAUGAGCUUUAAGAGAGAUAUGUGGUUCAAAAUUUUAGUGAUAACAGUGAACUUUAUAAGUGUUUAAAUAAGGUGAUAAAUGAGACCAAAGUUUGCAGAAAUAAUUUCUUUCAGAAGUGGCAAGGUUAAAAAAUCUGUGCAAAGUCAACUUUGGUUGUGAGUCUAACUGUGUUAAUCAUAGUGUAAAUACCCCGUAGCCAGUGCCGAGUGUGUGUUGUGUGUUAUCACGGUAGGCCGCAAAGGCCUCGCUGCAAGAACAAAGGACCUACCAGAUCUACCUGUUAUCAGCUACGAUUAAAGUCUCCGCUGUGACCCCUUAUCUCAACAUGGAUUCAAGUACAACCAGUUCUUCGCAAGAUGACGACGCGGACUGGCCGAGAAGCAUUUUUUUCGAAGAUUACUUGGGUCAAAAUGGCACAAAUACUACACUGGAAACACUGUACGAUGUGCCGACUGGCAUGAUCGUGCUGCUAUCGUUCCUCUACGGCUCGAUAUCGGUGCUCGCCGUCGUCGGCAACUUCCUCGUGAUGUGGGUGGUGGCCACCUCGAGGCGGAUGCAGAGCGUCACCAACUGUUACAUAGCGAACUUGGCACUGGCUGACAUCGUCAUUGGGCUGUUUGCUGUGCCGUUUCAGUUCCAAGCCGCGCUGUUGCAGCGAUGGCUGCUCCCACACUUUAUGUGCCCUUUCUGCCCGUUCGUGCAGGCUCUGAAUGUCAACGUCAGCGUGUUCACAUUGACAGCCAUCGCCAUUGAUCGGCAUCGAGCCAUCAUCACUCCUCUCAGUGCACACACUUCUAAGAGGGUGGCAAAAGUUAUAAUAGUUUUGAUAUGGGUGAUGGCGUUCCUGCUUGCGGCGCCCAUGGCCAUGUCGUGGGAGGUGACUUUGGUACCGGAACAGGACCCAGUUACGAAGCUGUUGUACAAGAAACCAUUUUGUGCUCCUAGUGAAUUUGGAUUACAUUCCUUGGCAAUUUAUCGACUGUUAUUAUACAUUUGCCAGUACAUCAUCCCUUUAUGUGUAAUAACGUUCGCGUACGCACACAUGUCCCUAAAACUGUGGGGUGCGCGAGCGCCAGGGAACGCACUGGAAACACGGGACGCGAAUCACAUGAAGAACAAGAAAAAGGUUAUAAAAAUGCUGGUGUUGGUCGUGGCGCUGUUUGCGCUCUGCUGGCUUCCUCUGCAGAGCUAUUUAUUGCUUCAAUCUUUCUUCCCUUCAAUAAACGAAUACAGAUACAUAAACGUGAUAUUCUUCUGUUUCGACUGGCUGGCCAUGAGUAACUCGUGUUAUAACCCCUUUAUCUACGCUAUUUACAAUGAAAAGUUCAAAAAGGAGUUUAAGCAGCGAUUUACGUUUGGAAAAAAGCCAAUGCGAUUUGACAGUUACGAGGAUGGACAGUCCUAUCGCACGCGCGUCUUAUCAUUCCGUUCGACGAAUGAACGCAGCGUGUACUCGACGAGAAAAUCAGUCAGCCUAGCGCCCAUCGGCGGCUCGCGCACCCCCCGCUCCUCCUGUCACUGCAUCCGAAACCAGGACUCGCAGAGGGAAAGCGGACUCAGAUCAACGAAGGAUGUUGCUCACAAUUUGAAUCAAACGUUAAAUGGCAGUCGACAACUAGAAACGAAAAUACCCAGAAGCGAACUACCCGUAGGUGACGAGAGAAUAGGAGAGCUGUACAUCUUCCCCAACAGCAACAUUGUCGAGUUCACAGACAUAUCCUAUGAUGAUAAAGUGUAAAUGAACUUUCCAUACAAUAAAUGUGAUUUUUGUCAUAAACUACGCAUUAGUACAUAUAGUCGAUAAGAAAUGUGAUUUGUUACACUAAUUGUAAUUGACACCAAGUGUCACAACGUUUAAAACUACGAUAAUUCUAAUCAAUACGUUUAAUUCUGUACAGCAAAAUGGUACUUAAUCUGUUAGUAUAAUAUACAAAUAUUUAUUAUUAUUUAUUGUUUGCAAAAGACUGUAUAAUUCCACAUUAUAUUGUAAACAGUGUAGUUUGUAAGAAUUUAGGUUAAUGCAUGUUUUCUGAUAAAGUGAAACUAGACUGUACGGAACACAAGAAUAGAAUGCUGUGAAUUAUUCCGCUAUAAAUCUAACGUAACGAUGUGGAUAACCACUAAUUCAUUUGCGUUGCAAUAGAGUAUUUCGUCUGAACUGACGGAUCGCUACAAUAGUCUACUUUAAUUGUUCAAUAUAUGUACGAGUUAAACGCCUCUAACUCCUCUAAGUCUUUCUUUUUCAAGCUAGGUUUUAAUUAUAAGUAACAUAAAUUCGAUCUAGAUUACCGUCAGUUUUGACAAUUUUGAUCGAACCAAUAAAUCCCAUAGAUGUAGAAAAAAGUAUAGACGAAAGGUUUAAGCAUAUCCUAUGCCAUUCUGUACACUUCAAGCAUACCAUAUUCUUACUCAACGAUACAGAUAAUCGUAUCUUAGCUACUCUACUUGAUCAUCAUACUGUGGUACCACUUUUUCUCUAAAACACCUCAAUAGUAUUUCUAUGGUAUGUUAGCAAACAUGGCUAUCACUAUCAGUCAUAUAUUUUUAUAAUAGAAAAGUGGUGAUGAUAACGUCACACACAUUCGUCUACGUCAUCUACUACACUACUACUAGGUUCUGACAGUCCAUGAUAAACACUAAUUAAAAUUUAAAUACGUCGUUAGUAAAGAAAGAAACAUUUAUUACGAGACUCUAGAUGCUUAAAGCGCAAUAAAGUACCGAAAAUGUUAAUUAAAAUUUAUCAAGUUAACCUCGUAUUAGCAUUUCUAUAGAUAAGAAAAGCCUUGCAUCAAAGGCGACUGAAAAUCUUGGCGAGUAAAAUCUGGCAACUCGCCAUACCACUUCUAGUAAGUAGCCUGUUAUUCUAUCUUAGAUAUCGCUAUCAAGUUUCGUUAUUGCCCUAUGGACAAUAGAACUGUUUUCUUAGAAAGAUUCGACGCAAUUGCAAAAGUUUCGUGAAAGGAAAAGUGAGUUGGAUUAUGUAAAAAUAGCAGUAAAACAAUAAACACCCCUAUUGUCGGAUUUUUUUUAUUGUUGUCUGUUCAGCGAUUGACCCUAGUCACACCUGGUGGAAAGUGAAGACAGAGUCUAAAAUGGAGCUCGCCGAUUCAGUAAUAACCACUCUUGCUUUAAAGAGACCGAGGUCGUAUUUUUCGGGGAUACAGAUGGUGGGAGCGCAUUCCAUUCCUUCACUCACUUACUGCUCACUCACUCAGAGCUCACUGGCUGUUUAUGCUCACUCAGAGCUCACUGGCUAUUUAUGCUCACUCACUCAGAGCUCACUGGCUAUUUAUGUGGAUGUUUUUAAGAAGUAUAAUUUCUUACACAUGAAAAUAAACAUUCACAACCGUUUGAGGAAAAAAAGAACGCAAGUGCACACCUUGUGAUUUUAUAGACAGCGAUAAAACUAUUUACUACUGAGAAUCGAGCAGUCGUUAACUGGGGGAAAUAGUAUUAAUAUUUUUACCCAUAAAUUUAAAAUUAUGACAAGCAGAAACGUCUGCAAUCACAGAACUUAAUUUAGAUAGAAGAAACAAAUUCAUAUAUUUGUAUAGGGCCGA